CACCAAACUCACUGUCCCAGCCUCAACUCAAACGCCGGUUACGGAAGAUUUCGAUCAGUCCACUCGGGAUGCAUCCUCAUCUACAUACUGCAGAAAACAAACAAUGCGAAGAGGUGAUCGCAGCUCUCGAAGAGUGUCACGCCCGCGGCUUUCUCUGGAAAGUCUUUGGAAACUGCAGCGACGCAAAACACAAAGUCAACAUGUGUCUACGAGCUCAACGGCUAGAGCGUACAAGGCUGAAUCGAGAGAAGGCAAAAGAGAAGCGAAAGCACAUUGAGAAGGUGUGGGCGGAGUUUGAUGGCAAUAACUGAACUGUGGGACGGAAUCACCAUCGCUGGGACAAGCAUAUUGAAAGCGGAAAAGGAGUUCGCGGGCGUAAUGCAGUGUACUAUAUAUGGGAUCCCCAGGUCACAGGGACGAAGUUUCGAAUUGAAACUUCGCGAAUGUGUAUUAUUCAGUUCAGCGAUAACACGAUAGAGGAUUUUUCAACGGGACCCUGUGAGUACCAUGCAAGCUCAUGAAUCAUAUCCGGCUGGCAAUGUAUUGGGACCAUUAUCCCACCACAUGGAAAACAAGUUAAAUCGGAGUUGAGGCUGUGUCAUCAACGACGGAGCAGACACCAAUUGCAGACUGAGAC